AUGAUGAAAGAAUGGGUCCUCAUCUUGUCCAUGCUGCUCUGUGGCCUGGCGGGCCCCACACACCUGUUCCAGCCCAGCCUGGUCCUGGAUAUGGCCAAGGUCCUCCUGGAUAACUACUGCUUCCCAGAGAACCUGAUGGGGAUGCAGGCAGCCAUCCAGCAAGCCAUGAAGAGUCGGGAGAUUCUGGGCAUCUCGGAUCCUCAGACACUGGCCCACGUGCUGACAGCCGGUGUGCAGAGCUCCCUGAAUGACCCACGCCUGGUGAUCUCCUAUGAACCCAGCACCCUUGAGGCUCCCCGGCAAACCACAGCACUUGGCAACUUCACUCAAGAGCAACUGCUAACAUGGCUGCAGGAGAAGAUCCACCAUGAGGUCCUAGAGGGAAAUGUGGGCUACCUGAGGGUGGAUGACCUCCCAGGCCAGGAGGUGUUAAGCAAGCUGGGGAAUUUCUUAGUGGCCCAUGUGUGGAGGCAACUCAUGGGCACAUCUGCCUUGGUGCUGGAUCUGCGACACUGCACUAGCGGCCACGUCUCCGGAAUCCCCUAUGUCAUAUCCUACCUGCACCCUGGGAACACGGUCUUGCAUGUGGAUACCAUCUACGAUCGCCCUUCCAACACCACCACGGAGAUCUGGACCUUGCCCAAGGUCCUGGGGGAAAGAUACAGUGCCGAGAAGGAUGUGGUGGUCCUAACCAGCGGCCACACUGGAGGUGUGGCUGAGGACAUUGCCUACAUCCUCAAGCAGAUGCGCAGGGCCAUUGUGGUGGGGGAGCGGACCGAGGGGGGAGCCUUGGACCUCCAGAAGCUAAGGAUAGGUCAGUCUGACUUCUUCCUUACCGUCCCUGUAUCCAGAUCUCUGGGGCCCCUGGGUGGAGGCAGCCAGACAUGGGAGGGCAGUGGGGUGUUACCCUGUGUGGGCACCCCGGCCGAGCAGGCUCUGGAGAAGGCCCUGGCCAUCCUCACCCUGCGCCGUGCCCUGCCAGGGGUCAUCCAGCGCCUGCAGGAGGCCCUGCAGGACUAUUACACUCUAGUGGACCGUGUGCCGGCCCUGCUGCACCAUCUGGCCGGCAUGGAUUACUCUGCGGUAGUCUCUGAGGAGGAUCUGGUCACCAAGCUCAAUGCCGGCUUGCAGGCUGUGUCUGAAGACCCUCGCCUCCUGGUGCGGGCCAUUGGGCCCCGAGAAACUUCUUCAGGGCCAGAGGCUGGAGCAGAAAAUCCCCCAACGACAGGCCCUGAAGUGCCCCAUGACGAGGCUGCCCGGAGUGCCCUGAUCGACUCUGUGUUCCAGGUGUCUGUGUUACCGGGCAAUGUGGGCUACCUGCGUUUUGACAAGUUUGCAGACGCCUCCGUGCUCGGGGCGCUGGGUCCCUACGUGCUGCGCCAGGUGUGGGCUCCGCUGCAGGACACAGAGCAUCUCAUCAUGGACCUGCGCCAUAACCCUGGGGGCCCCUCCUCAGCUGUGCCUCUGCUGCUGUCUUACUUCCAGGGUCCUGAGGAUGGGCCUGUGCGCCUGUUCACCACCUAUGACCGCCGGACCAAUGUCACACAGGAGCAUUUCAGCCACCGGGAGCUCCUGGGCCCUCGCUAUGGCAACCAGCGCGGCGUGUACCUGCUCACCAGCCACCGCACCGCCACAGCCGCGGAGGAGUUCGCCUUCCUCAUGCAGUCGCUGGGGUGGGCCACCCUGGUGGGGGAGAUCACAGCGGGCAGCCUGCUGCACACGUGCAUGGUGCCGCUGCUGGAGGCACCUGAAGGAGGCCUAGUACUCAUCGUGCCGGUGCUCACCUUCAUCGACAACCACGGGGAGGGCUGGCUGGGGGGCGGCGUGGUGCCCGAUGCCAUUGUGUUGGCUGAGGAGGCCCUGGACAGAGCCCGAGAAGUGUUAGACUUUCACCGCAGCCUCGGAGCCUUGGUGGAGGGCACAGGGCACCUGCUGGAGGCCCAUUAUGCCCGACCCGAGGUGGUGGGGCAAACCAGCGCCCUGCUUCGGGCUAAACUGGCCCGGGGAGCCUACCGCACGGCAGUGGACUUGGAAUCUCUGGCCUCGCAGCUCACGGCUGACCUGCAGGAGGUCUCUGAGGAUCAUCGCCUGCUUGUGUUCCACAGCCCGGGAGAGCUGGUGGCAGAGGAGGUGGCCCUGCCACCCCCUGCUGUGCCAUCUCCCGAGGAGCUCUCCUACCUUAUCGAGGCUCUGUUCAAGACCGAGGUGCUCCCAGGCCGGCUUGGCUACCUGCGUUUCGAUGCCAUGGCUGAGCUGGAGACCGUGAAGGCCAUUGGGCCGCAGCUGGUGAAGCUAGUCUGGCAGAAGCUGGUAGACACAGCCGCCCUGGUUGUGGACCUGCGUUACAACCCCGGCAGCUACUCUUCCGCCGUCCCCCUGCUCUGUUCCUACUUCUUUGAGGCAGAGCCCCCUCAGCACCUCUACUCCAUCUUUGACAGAGCCACCUCAAGAGUCACGAAGGUGUGGACCAUGCCCCAGGCUGCUGGGCAGCGCUACGGACCCCACAAGGACCUCUACAUCCUGAUGAGCCACACCAGCGGCUCGGCAGCAGAGGCAUUUGCUCACACCAUGCAGGACCUGCAGAGGGCCACCGUCAUCGGGGAGCCCACGGCUGGGGGCGCACUCUCUGUAGGCAUCUACCAGGUGGGAAACAGCCCCUUGUAUGCCUCAAUGCCCACUCAGAUGGCUCUCAGUGCCACCACUGGUGAGGCCUGGGAUCUGGCUGGUGUGGAGCCUGACAUCACGGUACCCAUGAGCGAGGCCCUCUCCACAGCCCAGGACAUAGUGGCACUGCGUGCCAAGGUGCCCACCGUGCUACAGACAGCUGGGAAGCUGGUGGCUGAUAAUUAUGCAUCCCCUGAGCUGGGGGCCAAGAUGGCUGCCAAACUGAGCCGUCUGCAGAGUCGCUAUGCAAGGGUAACCUCCGAAGGGGCCCUGGCUGAGAUGCUGGGAGCCGACUUGCAGAUGCUCUCUGGGGACCCACACCUGAAGACAGCCCACAUCCCCGAGGACGCCAAGGAUCGCAUUCCUGGGAUUGUGCCCAUGCAGAUCCCCUCCCCAGAAGUCUUUGAAGACCUGAUCAAAUUCUCUUUCCACACUAACGUGCUGGAGGACAACAUUGGCUACCUGAGAUUUGACAUGUUUGGGGACUGUGAGCUGCUCACCCAGGUCUCAGAGCUGCUGGUGGAGCACAUCUGGAAGAAGAUUGUGCAUACGGAUGCCCUGAUCAUUGACAUGAGGUUCAACAUCGGCGGCCCUACCUCCUCCAUCUCUGCCCUAUGCUCCUACUUCUUUGAUGAGGGCCCUCCAGUUCUGCUGGACAGGAUCUACAGCCGGCCCAACGAUUCUGUCACCGAACUCUGGACCCAUACUCAGCUCACAGGUGAACGCUACGGCUCCAAGAAGAGUGUCAUCAUUCUGACCAGUGGCAUGACGGCUGGAGCAGCGGAAGAGUUUACCUACAUCAUGAAGAGGCUGGGCCGGGCCCUGGUCAUUGGGGAGGUGACCAGUGGGGGCUGCCAGCCACCACAGACCUACCACGUGGAUGACACCCACCUGUACAUCACCAUCCCCACCGCCCGCUCGGUGGGAGCUGCAGAUGGCAGCUAUUGGGAAGGGGUGGGUGUGACCCCCCAUGUGCUCAUUCCUGCAGAAGUGGCCCUCUCCAAAGCAAAGGAGACACUCCAGCAUGCCCUUCAAGGGUGA